AUGGGCUUCCUCUCGACGCUCUCACAAAUACUCGGUGUUGGUCGGAGGCAAGUAAACGUGAUCGUUGUUGGGUUGGAUAAUUCUGGAAAGACGACUAUGUUGAACUAUUUGCGAACGCCAGAAACUCGAACCAGCCAAAUCGCACCGACAGUUGGAUAUUCCGUCACCAAUUUCACUACAGAGAGUUUCAGUUUUACAGCUUUCGAUAUGGCUGGACAAGGAAAAUACCGUAACCUCUGGGAGACGUACUAUCUGAAUGCGCAAGCAGUGAUUUUUGUAGUGGAUAGUGCUGAUCGGUUGCGAGUUGCAGUGGCACGAGAUGAACUAUGGAUGAUUCUCGAUCACAAGGAUAUCAGUGGGCGACCAAUCCCUAUCCUGGUACUCGCCAAUAAAAUGGACGCUAAAGACGCAAUGGCUGCAGCAGAGAUGUCGACCAGCCUGGGUCUUGAUCUGAUCAGAGGCCACAAAUGGAACAUUCAAGCUACAUGCGCUCUGAAUGGAGCGGGAGUUCAACGGGCGAUCGAAUGGCUGACGAAAGAAAUCAAGGCAUAUUUGGAGUCGAUGAAAUGA